AUGACUGCCUACACACGUGUAGGAGCUGUGACUGGUGCGAACAAAGGAGUUGGCCUGGCCAUAGUUCGCCAGCUAGCCUUGCAAUACCCAAAAUCUGCCUACAAUAAUGGGCCUUUACUCAUCUAUUUAACGGCACGAAAUGAAGAGCGAGGGAAAGCCGCGUUGGCAACCAUCAAAGAAGACCCACAAUUGAAGAAAGCAAAAGCCUUGCAAAAAGAUGGAGGACUUGCUGAUGUCGAAUAUCUCGCGUUGGACAUUGACAGCAAGCAGAGCAUUGACGACUUUGCGAAGGCAUUGAAGAAGAGGCAUCCAGAUGGCAUUGACUUCCUCAUCAACAACGCAGGAGUUGCUUUGCAGGGUUUUGAUGAAAAUGUCGUUAAGGAUACGCUCCAUUGCAACUACUACGGUACACUCGACGCAACUCGACAACUGCUGCCGCACAUCAAAGACGGAGGGCGUUUGGUCAAUGUAGCGAGCAUGUCAGGCCAAAUGAGUUCCAAAUACUCAGACGGUAUCAAGUCCCGUUUCCUGAAUGCAAAGAAGCCGGAAGAAAUAUCUCAGUUGAUGGAGGAGUACACUUCCGCUGUUGCGAAAGGCACAUAUCAGAAUGACUGGCCUGGCAAUGCUUAUGCAGUCUCCAAGGCUGGUGUCAUUGGCAUGACAAAGACCUUUGCUCAGCUCAAUGCUGAGACUGGGAGCAAGACAUUGAUCAAUAGUUGUUGUCCCGGCUAUGUCAACACAGACAUGACGAAACAUCGAGGUGUCAAGACGCCAGACGAAGGAGCCCAGACUCCAGUGCUACUCGCGUUGGGCGAUAUCAAAGGUUCAAAUGGAGAGUUUUGGCAGGAUGAGAAGAUCAUUAAGUGGUGA